AUGGUGUUUUUUUCUACAGCUGAAAGUAACGAAAUGAAGCAAGCUCACUUGUCUGGCUUCCUUUUUCCGAAAUUAGUAGUAGUAGAAUCAGUCAAUCGUUACUCGGUGCUCAAACUCUUUUUCCAGGAAGGUUUCAUAGAAGGAGAUGAAGGCGAGCCGACAUACAUAAUUCGACAAAAGGAAAUCGCUGAUGCCGUGGACAUUGCCAAUUACUUCGAACUUCACCUUGAAAAUUUUGGACCAUAUCGAAUCUGCUACACGGAUAAUGGGCGUCAUCUUCUACUAGGUGGCAAGAAAGGCCACAUAGCGGCAUUGGAUUGGCAAACUAAGAAACUUCAUUGUGAGAUCAAUGUUAUGGAGACAGUGCGCGAUGUUCAGUGGCUGCACACAGAAAACCUUUACGCUGUUGCUCAGCGACACUAUACUUACGUGUACGACAAUCAGGGAACGGAACUGCAUUGCGUGAAACAGUUACAUGAAAUCCGGCGGUUGGAAUUCCUGCCUCGACAUUUUCUCUUAGUAGGAUCUUCAGGCACAGGAUGGCUUCAUUGGCUCGAUGUCUCCAUAGGGAAAAUGGUGAUGUCGUUUCCAGCCCGCAUGGGUUCACUCGAUGUUAUGUGCCAAAAUCCCGGCAAUGCUAUCAUCCACACAGGACACGAUAGCGGUACUGUUUGUUUGUGGUCACCUAAUGUAAAAGAACCGUUAGUCAAAAUGCUAGCACAUCAAUCUUCUAUACGAGGUAUGGAUAUUGAUCAGACAGGCAAGUAUAUGGUGACGACAGGGCUCGAUCGGAAGUGCAGGGUAUGGGAUGUACGAAUGUAUAAGCAAUUACAUGCGUUUUCCCUCCCUUUCGGACUUUCAAGUGUCGCUAUCAGUCAACGUUUAGCUGUGGCAUGUGCCGUAGGGAAUACUGUGCAGAUAUUCAAAGACAUGCAUCUCGGUAUUUGUCACGAACCCUACCUCGUCAAUCGUUGUGGUGGUCCAGCUACAGAUUUGGCCUUUGUUCCGUACGAAGAUGUCCUUGGUGUUGGUCACGGCGGCGGAUUCACAAGUACGCUGGUUCCAGGCUCCGGGGAGGCUAACGUUGAUGCCAUACAUGCGAAUCCAUACGAAACGAAGAAGCAACGUAGGGAGAGAGAAGUGAAACAGCUCCUUGACAAGCUCCAACCUGAUCUCAUCGGACUUGACCCUCAAGACAUUACUCGUGUAAAUGAAGAUUUGUUAGAGCGGGAGAUGGAGGAAAGGAAGAAAAUUCUUUAUGUGCGACCAAUAGAUGUGCAGUAUACACCCAAACACAAGAUGCGUGGACGAGGGACUGGAUCACACAAGGUUAGGCUUCGAUACCUCUUCUACCUUUUCUCUAAAUCGUACGGUCUUCUUAGGCAAAUUCUCUGA